AUGAGGAAGAACAGUAUUAGUAUUAUUUUUGUUUUAUUAAUGGUUGCUUCCAUUUUAGUAGGUGACUGCAUGGCGGGUGGUAAUAUUGGUCACAAUAAUAAUGAUCAUGGCCGUGGUCAUAAUGGUCAUGGUCGCGGAAAUGGGCAUGGACAUGGUGGUCAUAAUGUUGGGGGUUUGAUGAUGCAAUAUUAUGAAAAUAAAUGUGGGUCGGUUUCGGUUGAGAAAACAGUAAGGGAAAUCAUAUGGAGCAAAGUUGGUGCAAAUCCUGCCUUGGCUGCCAAGCUUCUAAGGCUUCAUUACCAUGAUUGUUUUGUAAGGGGAUGUGAUGCAUCAAUUCUGUUGGAUCCUGUUCAAAAUUCGACAACAGAGAAGACGGCGGGCCCAAACAGAUCUGUAUCCGGAUACGAGAUAAUUGAUGAAAUAAAGACGAAGCUAGAAGGUGCCUGUCCUGGAAUUGUAUCUUGUGCUGACAUUCUUGCCUUGGCAGCUAGAGAUGCAGUUUCCUUCCAAUUUCGAAAGGAAAUGUGGCCAGUUUAUACCGGAAGGAAAGACGGAAAGGUGUCAUUGGCGUCGGAAGUAGGUGCAAAUUUACCAUCUGCAAAUGCCAAUUUCACAACUCUUCUAACUCAAUUUGGAGUCAAAGGCCUUGACCUUAACGAUCUUGUCACUCUAUCAGGGGCACAUACGAUCGGGAACUCGCGUUGCGUCCUUGUUGCAAGAAGGCUUUACAACUUUACAGGUGUUGGAGAUGUCGAUCCUUCUCUCGACGCUGCAUACGCACAACAAUUGAGAAAAAUCUGUCCAAACCCUCAAAAUCCGGCUACUAUUCUCGAAAUGGACCCUAAGAGCUCGCUCUCCUUCGACUCCAAUUACUAUCGAAGUGUAAACCAGCAUAAAGGUUUAUUUGUAUCAGAUGCAGCAUUACUCACAAACCAACGAUCGGCUUUCCUAUCAAAGGUUAUGGAAAAGCCCGAGGUUUUCUUUGCUCAAUUUGCUACUUCUAUGGUUCGAAUGGGCGCUAUUGAACUACUUACGGGUAGUCAAGGAGAAGUUAGAAAAAACUGUCGAGUUGUUAAUAGUAAUUAA